GACAACGAACCGUAUUGUGCACCUCCCUCCCGUUUACAAAAGGACAACAAAGAUAUGGAUAACGACAGUGGCAUGGAGGAAAAGUUUAUCCAAAACGGUGUUAUACUGAAGAAGGCCAAUGCAGCCUACAUCUCAGCACUGAAUGCGGAAGGCAUCCUAACGUUUGGCCAGUGUACGAAGACGAAUCUUCACGCGUUCGAGUGGAAGCCCGAAACCUGCGACAUCACCGACUCCGAGAGUCUCGAAAGCGGUUGGUCGUUGGUUGAUGCGAUUUCCCGACAACCGUCACCACAGCAACCGCUGCAACCUACUGCGCUAGCGAGCCUCCCAGCGAAUGUACGUGCAGCAAGCGAGGAACCACCUGCCGGUCCCACAGCGAAAGCUAAGCUGAUCAUCCGGGUGUUUCUGCGCGAUCUGAAGGGUCUCGAAACGUAUAAGGACGAGCUGCGGUUUUACAACCACGACCACACGGUGCACAGUGUCUAUCUGUUCCGACAAACGUCGACCAGCGUUUUGCUGCAGCUGCUGGAACGGUAUCGCUGCGUACGCAAGAGCACACAACGCAAAAAUUUCUAUCGAUGCAUCGAUGAUCCGGAUCAGGAUAAGCUGCAAAAAUCUUUCUCCGAGCUCAAUAUUGCCGAUAUACGGGCCCGUCCACGACCCCGCCCGUACAUGGACAUGCUGUCGAAGUUGGCCAGUGUGCAUCAAAUCCUUCCAAUUAAUCGACCAACGUCUCAAAGCAUAAUUCCCGGUGAGCUGCGGUUGAGCAAUUUAAAUGCAAGCAUCGAUGCAGAAUCGGAUUCAACGGAACGCCAACCAGAGAAUUCGGUAGCUGCAAAUGGCGAGACGGUUAGUACCGAAUCCAGAAAGCUAGCCCCACGACCCCCCGUGCAUCGUGGGCUUCCGUUGGAUGCCGGAACGUGGGAGGAUGUAAAAUGCCCGAACGGGGCCAUCUCCGAUCCGGAACGCGUCAAGGAGAUAAUCUUUCGAGGAGGAAUCAAACAAGAUAUACGGGCUGAAGUUUGGAAAUAUCUUCUCGGAUUGGACGUCUGGGAGCACACCGUUCAGCAGCGCGAUGAGCGAAGGGCUCAUAAAACGCAGGAAUACUUUCAGAUGAAGUUCCAGUGGCUGUCGAUGACGGCAACGCAGGAGCACAACUUUACUGGUUACCGGGAGCGCAAAUGUCAGAUCGAAAAGGACGUUAAACGGACGGAUCGAACGUACGAAUUUUUCGCCGGUGACGAUAAUCCGAACCUAGCCAAGCUGCAAGACAUCCUCAUGACGUACGUGAUGUACAACUUCGAUCUGGGGUACGUGCAGGGGAUGAGCGAUCUGCUCGCUCCAAUCCUUAGCCUAGUGCAGAACGAAGCGGAAAGCUUCUGGUGCUUCGUCGGCUUCAUGCACAAAGUGUUUGCCAACUUCGACAUCGACCAGAAAGGCAUGAAGCAGCAGCUAGAGCAUUUGCGCGUGCUACUAUCGUUCGUGAACGAACGUUUGUUCAAUUAUAUGCGCGAGAACCAGUCGGAAAACAUGUACUUCUGUUUCCGCUGGCUUUUGGUUUGGUUUAAGCGUGAGUUUGCCAAUGCGGACAUUAUGCAGCUGUGGGAGGUGCUUUGGACGGGACUGCCGUGCGCAAACUUUCACCUAUUUGUGUGCGUUGCCAUCCUGGACCAGGAGAUGGAUGUGUUCAUCGAUGGGCAGUUCAGCUUUACCGAGAUCCUGAAGCACGUGAACGAACUGUCGGGCAAUUUGAAUCUGGCAGCCGUACUCGAACAAGCAGAAAGCAUCUACCUGCAGGUAAAACAAACGCUGGAUGAAUCGCCGAAAGAAUCGAACCACGAGCUGCGCAAAAUCAUUGGCGAACAGUUGACGACAAGCGAUGGAGGAGGAACCACGGGAAAUACCGAUGAGGACGAGGAAGAUGACGAUAGCUGCAUGUCGAUCGUGAACGAACGUUCACCGGAGGAGAAGGAAAUUCUGCAACGAAAGCUUGACGAGGCGUGCGAUCUGUCGUUGAGCUAUAUGUUUUUUUAA